GUCAUAUGUACAGUGUUUUAACACUUUAUGAGCUCUCGGCCCAAAACGACUCAUUAUAAAAUGUGAGUAUAAAUAUUUUAAAAUUAAAUUUUAUUUUGUCUUCUCAACAACACUAACGUUCAACACAAAAGAAAAAAAAAUUGAAUUCAACGGACAUGGAAAAGGAAAGUAGAAUUUUUCAACGAGUAUCUAAGCGAUCACUGCGCAUUUUCACAAUGUGCAGACCGGAGUAAUAAAUGUCCUUGUGUCGCCAUGUUGGAAUGUCAUCUACCUGGAGAAGGUUUUACCUGGCUGAGAUUAUUGAGUUCAACAAAGCAUCUGGGCGUGGCAAUGAGUCAGACUGUACAAAACUUCGUGAAAAAAUCAAUAGUAAACACAGCGUGUGGGGCUGGCGUGGGAGAGUCAGUAAUUCACGAUCAUUAAUCCAGUGACCAAGCUCACCGGAUUUGGAUGGGGGCAGCUGGUGAUGGUAGCCCAGGACAGGAGGCGUUGGAGGGCUGUCGUCGAUGGCCUAUGCUCCAGGAGGGGCGAAGGGCACUAGACUAGAAUCCAGUGACCUCCAUAUAAGCUCAGACAGCGUAAAUAAGCGUAGGAAGUGUCAGUUUGACAUCAGCUUUAACUAGCACCUUUUACAAGUUUACCUGCUUGCAAGUAUCGUGUGACAAGAAUAUGGAGAACAACCCGGCCUUAAGAAUUAAACUACCCACCGAAAUCAUCGAAGAUCCAAGUCCGAUAUUUUCAGGAACGAAAAGGGACGACUACUACAAGAAUCUAAUUGACAAAUUGCACAGAAGAAUUGAAAAUAGUGAUGUCAAAACGCCUAAAUGGCUGACUUCACUAGAGACUGAAAACUUCGCGAAUCUGAAAACACUUGGAGAAAGAAUGAACAUUGAAGAGGACUUAGGGAUGACAAAUAUUCAGGAAUACGUAAACAAUGUACUAUCAACACUUUGGAAACAGCCUUUCAAUCCCGUUCCUUUAGAUGAAAAGCAUCCACUUGAAGACGCUGUCCACAAUGGUGACCUAACGUUUCUCGAUGCCUGCAUCUGGCGCAGGAGUAAAGAAGACAAAGUGGAGGCACUUCACCUUGCGUGCUAUUUCGGUCGAGCAGCAAUUGUUCAGAAAUUACUUGCGGCUGGUGUCAACGUCCAGGAGACAUGGAAUGGUCAAAUUCCUCUCCACAUGGCUAGCGUGAAUGGUCAUGCUGAAAUAGUAUCCAAUCUGCUAGCACAGGGAGCGCAAGUUGAUACGAGGGACACAGUGGGACAAACAGCACUUUAUAUAGCAUGCUAUAAAUGCCAUUAUGAAGUUGUAAAGUUGCUCAUUGACAAAGGAGCCGAUGUUAAUACCAGCAAUAAUAUGAGAGUCUCACCGUUGCAUGCAGCAUGCAUGGUUGAGGGCUUCAGUAUGGUAAGGACCUUCCUCAAAGGCAAGGCUGACAUGAAUGGUGGAGACUUUCAGGGCGCUACACCUCUUCGUGUUGCAAGUCCUCACGAGAUCAGGAGAUUAGUUAGUUUGCUGAUAGACAACAAUGCAGACAUCAAUGCAGCUGAUAUGACUGGCCAUACACCUUUGCAUUACGCUUGUUUUUUUGGAAACAAAGUAGGCGUUGAGAUUCUCAUUCAAAAGGAGGCUAAUUUAAACGCUCGAAGCAUCACUGGACACACACCAUUGUCUUUGGCUUGCAUGCACACAGUCUCGAUAAUGUCACAACUUGAAACUGAUACGUCUGCAGUAAACCGGAGCCCUUAUUCAAAUCCACUCUUCUCUAAUUGCACAGAUAUAAGUAUUUUACUUGCCAAAAAGUCUGAUGUUAAUGCUCAAGACAUGGAGGGAACGACACCUUUACACCUCGCGUCAUUUGGAGGACACAGAGACCUCGUCGAAGCUUUAAUAAAGCAUAAGGCUAAAGUGGAAAUAAAGAACACACUGGGACAAACGCCAUUGCAUCUGGGUUGUAUGCAGCCAAAUAAAUCCAUUGUAGAUAUUCUUCUUGCUCAGGGAGCAUCAGUAAAUGCUCAGGAUGAAUCUUUAAGGACGCCACUCAUGUACGCGAGUCAGAGUGGCAGCAUUAAUAUUGUUAAAAGGCUCAUUGAAUAUAAUGCCUGUGUUAAUGCUAGUAGCAAUGAAGGAUUAGCACCUUUACAUUAUGCAUGCAUCAACGGGCAUAAGGACAUUGCUGAUAUCUUGAUUCUCCACCAAGCUAAGAUGGAUGUGCUCAGUGUAUAUGGCAUUACAAUACUUCACUAUGCGUGCCACCAUGGAAACAAAGAACUGAUACACAUGUUGCUUGGUCUUGGACAGAAUGUUAACGCAAAAGAUGUUGAUGGAAGAACUCCACUACACACUUCGAGUUCGCGCGGCAAUGUGGAUGCCGUUAGAAUUUUGCUGCAACACGGUGCAGAUGUGAACUGUCAAGAUAACUAUGGAACUGCAUCUUUGCAUCUCGCUUCCCACAAUGGCUUUCCAGAGGUCGUGAAGCUUCUUGUCGAAUAUAAAGCAGACGUAAAUGCCAAAACAAGAGAAAAAGAAACAUCUCUCCACUUUGCAUGUUCAAAUAACCAUGACGAGGUUGCUGAAAUACUGCUUACGGGGGGUGCAGAAGUCGAUGCUAAAGAUAUCAACGGCUGGACACCAUUACAUAUCGCUUCCUUCCAAGGAUACAUGGAUGUUGUAAACGUAUUGAUGCGCCAUCUCGCCAGCGUCAACGAGAAGACUUUGCUAAAUGUUUCAGCACUGCACUUGGCGUGCAUAUACGGUCAUCUGAACAUCGUAAACAGUUUGUUGUCUCAUGGUGCAGAGGUCAACGCAACAGAUCCACGCGACAGCUUUACACCUUUACACUUUGCAACACUUUCUGGUCAAGCUCAAAUUAUAAAGUCACUUAUUGACAACAAAGCAGAACUAAAUAGAGUGGACUCAAAGGGAUUUUCGUCCCUGUGUUAUGCGUGUAACAGAGGACAAAAAGAAGUGGUUGAUAUUCUGCUAAGUCACGGUGCUAAUGUUAAUAUAAAAACAAAGGUAGGCGAUAUGACACCACUUUUGUUAGCUUGCCAAAUGGACUUUCCUGACAUCGUGCGAAGACUGUUACAAGAAGGCGCGAAUCUUGAGGCGGAGGACGCAGAAGGACGCACCGCUCUUCAUGCAGCAAGCAAUGGCAGCAGCGUCGACCUUGUGAAGUUGUUGGUCACUAGGGGCGCUAGAAUUGACCACCGGGACAAGAGUGGAUGGACGCCGCUUCACUUUGCAUGCCAGCGUGGAGACCAGAAUGUCGUUGAUCUUCUCCUUGAAAAGUCCAGUAAUGUCGAUGUUACAACAUCAGAUGAUGUCACUCCCCUACAUAUUGCUUCUUCACAUGGUCAUGCUGGCGCCGUAGAAGCGUUAAUCAGAAAGGGUGCUAAUCUCGCGUUUAAAGACAAAACAGAGUUAACAGCUCUUCAUUUCGCUGCCUAUUACGGCAAGAAAAACGUUGUUGAAGUACUGGUCAAAGAGAAGGUUUCAUUGGAUGCCACCGACUAUAAGGGAUAUACUCCUCUGCAUCUUUCUUGUCGGGAAGGCUAUAGCGACAUAGUUGAAAUGCUCAUAAGAAACAAAGCAAACUUUUCAUUACAAACAUCUCGUGGUUUUACACCUUUGCAUCUUGCUAGCAUUCACGGCGCUUGUGACAUUGCAGAAAUUCUUCUCGAAAAUUUUGCUGAGACCGAGGCUAAGGACGUAAAUAAAAAUACUCCACUUCACCUAGCUAGCUUUAAUGGUCACAAAGAAGUCGUAGACUUGUUAACUGAAUGGGAAUCAGAUAUCAAUGCUACGAAUAGUCAAGGGUAUACAGCUUUACACGCAGGAUGUUUUAUAGGACACUACGAAAUAGUGGACUGUCUCCUGAACAAAAAUGCUACAGCUGACCUUACUGCAAAAACAGGUAAAACGCCUCUACACUUUGCAUGCUAUUUAGGAAAUAAACAAAUAGUUAUGAGAUUGUUUAUGGCUAAUGCGAAUGUCAAUGCUAAAGACAUAAACGGGAUGACGCCUAUGCACAUGGUCUGCUUCACAGGGGACAUGGAAAUCUUGGAACUUCUGAUGCAGCGUGGUUCCAUCAUUGAUACUAAAGCUAAAAAUGGUUAUACACCAUUGCUUCUAGCAUGUGUGGGGAGAUAUGCUGAUAUUGUGAAACGCCUUUGUGAAAGCAAUGCAAGGUCUGACUUUGCUGAUGCCCGUGGCGUUACACCUCUCCACAUUGCCUCAAGCUUAGGUUUUUAUGAAAUUGUAGAUAUUCUGCUAAAAAAAAGCAAAAAUGAAAUCACAACAAGAGAUGCCUUUGGCGUAACCCCGCUUCACUGCGCAUGUUUCAAUGGACACAGUGAGGUAGUGAAACUUCUGUUAAAUAAUGGGGCAGAGGUUGAUGAACGAGACUUCCAAGGCUGGACGCCACUUCACACUGUGUGUCAAACUGACCACGUCAAUGUCAUAACUGUUCUUUUACAAAACGGAGCUAGAGCAGACUUUACUACCCCGGAAGGGCAUACAGCACUAGACAUUGCUGUCUGGCACAGAAAUGAAAAAGUGAUACAUCUGCUGCAGAAAGUCGACUCUCAAAAGAAAUCUGCAUCCAAAGGCAAGACAGUUGACAAAGACGACAGAGAUUUUCAUGUCGGCCAUUUGCAACCGCAGAGCGCAAGUGGAAGAAAGCAAAUGAAGGAUACACCAACGCAAGACACGAAAAGCACGCUUAAAGAAGAUGCGAUUGUCAAAGAAAAAACCUUGAAAGAAAACGUCUUGGACAUUGAGAAUUAUGCCAGCACUAAGCACAGAUAUAAACAACACUCAUAUGAAUCGAAAAUAAGCGAUGAAGCAGGACUAACUUCGUACCUUGAGCAGCCACCUCACGACAGAGAUAAAGGGCAUAAUCACAGAACAAAAGAAACUGCAGAAGAAGAGAACAGCGAGACAAAGAAAGACGCAAGCUCUGGAGCGUCACUGCAGGCCACUUGUCCCAUAUCCCAUCCCCCAAUUUUCAGUCCUCGCUGGCAAGUGGCUAAAAGUUUUACCAGCGAUGGUGGAACUUUACAGAAACUAAACUCCGACAUUGUGCUGCACGUACCGGAGAGCUGUGUCCACCUCGGCCAGUGGAUUGACGUCAAGUCUGCUGUCUGCGCAGACGCUGCUCACGUGCGUCACGUGCUGCGGACGAAGCUUCAGUACAAGAAGGAGGAAUGGCUGGCCAGUCCUGUGGCCGAAUACAGCUCCAGCCACAGCUUCAGCCUCCUAAAAGGCCCCUUCCGCAUCGAGCUGCCUCACUGCUUACCUCCUGACCCCGAUCCUGACCUUAUCCACGUGUACUGCGUCUUACGACACUCGGACGGACACCUCAGUCUCAAUAGAGUACGACCCGAAAGAACAGACAUUCGUAGGAAAGAUUCAACAGAAAUCGGUAGUAAAGUGAAACGAGAGGCAGAUCAUAUAGGACCUGCCGUGUCUGCUGCAGAUGAUGCGUCUCCCGACUUAUCGCCUCUGUGCUGCGAUGACUCUUCGUCUCUAAGCACUGGGAGCCUGUUAUCUGACUCUGAUCGCAAAGAUUCAUCAAACACCAAAGUUUCAGAUUUUGAAAAAUCUCGCCUUAAGCUUAGCAAGGACAGGCCACCUACUAGCGACAAUGGUCAAAAGAGUGCAAAAGAUUGUCAGGAAGUAGACGACGACGUGCAGUGGGAUCAAAGCGCCACAUUCAGACUGCUGCCUGAUGGGAAGGUCUCCAUCACUACCGAUCACUUUAGUGCCUACUUUUGCGCAUACUGUGGGACCAGACAACCACCGCCCCAGCUAAACGCCAGAGCCUACGGGUCGCACACUGAACGACGGGAUGGCCGACGGGCAGCACACGUGAAAGUACUGGUGUGGGACGACAGACUCAAGAUCGCCGACUUCCGCCAGACUUUGGGCAUUCAACAUGAAGAUGAUUGUCUGGGAGAGGAAAUACUGUACCUAGCUGAUACUUUACAACUACAAGACUCGAAUUUGAGAAUGUCCUUUGAAAUUCUUAAAGAUUGCGAGGAGUGGCAACAUAAAAGCAAAAAUAAUGGAGAUCAUAUAAGUGCUAUCAGAGAGAGUUUUCCUUUGGAAAAGUACCACGUGAUGUGGUGUAGCGAAUGCGAAGAAGAACGAGUAAAGGUGUUUGGGGAUUUGAGACCCAUCAAGAAAACCUGGCACCUUGAAAACAAACUGAAUUCGACUCCAGGGUCAUACCUCGAAUGCCUUGUCGAACUCGAGCAAGUUCCAAACAGUAAUGCUGAUGAUAGAAAUGACAACAUCCCCUUCCCCGUUGUGAAGAUGGUCCUGGACAUGGCGCUGCCACAGAAUGAAACAGAGAACAUCUAUGACCAGCUGAAACUAAUGAAUAUCGGGCAACUGGAGGUCCUGGCCAGCCAAAGGAACAUGAUAAGCGAUCAGGAUAUGGAAAGGUUACGCAACAGGUGGAAAAAUGAUGAUGCGUACAAAGAUCAACUCCUCUGUCGGGUAUGUGAGUCGCCCAAGCUGUUACAGGCUACACUAUCUGCUCUGAGCAAGCAAAAGGUUUUCCCAGCGAGUCGGCAGUCGAGACCUUCGGAUUCUCUAGAAACUUCUGUUUCUUCUGAUGGAGUUGGUGCGACGGAAGUUAUUGAUUCUAUAGAAAAUAUGUCCACCCAAGGUUCUGAGUGUUCAGACUCGUGAUAUGUUUUGUGUGUAUCCAUUUUUUUCUGUAUAUCUAAGGUAGAAUGUUCAGCCUCAGAUUCAGAAGACCAGGUCACGAAAAUGGUCAUACUUAUCAGUCUAGAGUUAGGUGAUUCAAGCAUCAAAUACUUUGCUUUUAAAACGUGACAUUGGAAUAUAUGUUCCCUGCCUUAUCAUUAGAUAAUAGCAUACAAGCAAUGAAAUAUUCACACUUAUCUUCAUCUUAAGGGCCGGAAAAGAAAUGUGGUCCACAUGUUUCUGGCUUAAAUAACUCAAAUAAAUGCUACUAUACUACAUUGAUCACCAGCAAAGCCAAUCACACCGGUAUAACCAUCACAUUUUAAAGGACUAGGGCCAAAGUUUUUCCUAAUGAAUGGGGAAAGGUCAGCGUAAGAUACUACCCAGCAAACUCGCAAGAUUCGGCCAAACUUGGACCAAGCUUGGGCCAAGCUAAAAACAUUGGCCCAAGCUUGGCCGAAUCUUGCGUGUUUGCUGGGUAUUUCGCCAAAUCUGGAUGAACUGCCCAACUACCUUUCUGUUCUCAAGCUAUACACCUACAAACAUCACUUCACACGGUAAAAACGUCAACACCACAUAUCAGGAUACGCUCAGAUUAACCGAUGGGAGAUUGGGAACAUGUAUGCAUAUCAUCAUGUCACUAUUUUGACCGCUUUCUAUGCAUGCUGAUGUAAGUGAUACGUACAUCUCAAGAACUGAUAAUUCUAUAUAUCAAGAAAAUUAAGACUAUCUUGAAGUGAGCUGUACUCAUAGGAAACAAAAUGUGCAUCCACCCAGUUCUUUAUCAUGCUAUUGCUUUAGAAGAUAAAUAGUUCAAAUACCUAAAGGAUAUUUUAAAGUCAUUUUAAUGAAGAUUUAACAUCUAAAUCAAGUUGCACAUUUGUAAUUGGGAUGUUAUAAGAGCUUAUAUUCUCUAAUGUGUGCCUUUUUCUUUACUUCCAGUUGUACAAUUUCUAUAAACUUUACUAGAAAGUAUAUACAGCUUUUAAUAUAAAGAGUUACGUCCCUUCACCUCAGACUUGAGGAUGAUGUCUUUUUGCAUUUUCUAUUUCUUCGUUGAUAUGCUCAAAUCAUCUAAUCGUCAAUGUUAAAUCUACAAUUUUGCUUUGUUCAUAAUUAUGGGCUGUAUCUUCUUUUUGAGUAUUGGCAUUUUAUUUCUACGAUCAGACUGAUUUUCACAUUAGCUAACCGUCUACACUCAACCAUGUUUCAAUGUAAGCCACUGGAAAACUAUUCAGUCAGCUAUACAUUUCCGUGUGCGGACGUUUCGCCGACGGACGUUUCACCGACGGACGUUUCGGAGCCGGACGUUUUGUCGACUGGACGUUUCGCCGCUGGACGUUUCGGAGUCGGACGUUUCGCCGCCGGACGUUUCG